ACAUCCACCGGCACACCCUCCCUCGAUGGCAUCCUAGCAGGCCACGCAGGCCUACCUCUCGGUAACUCGGUACUUAUCGAGGAAAGCGGUACGACAGACUAUGCGGGUGCACUACUACGCUUCUAUGCCGCCGAAGGAGUGGUGCAGGGCCACAAGGUGCACGUCGUAGGCAUGGGCGAGGUGUGGGGGAGGGAACUGCCAGGUAUAUCGGAGGGCAAAGAGGACAAGAGAAAGGAAGGGAAAGAGAGGGCAGAGAAGAUGAGGAUUGCUUGGCGAUAUGAGGGCUUAGGGCAGUUUGAGAGUGCUAGAGGUGCGUCUUGUACAUACAUGUUAACACCGCAAAUGCCAUCUGAUUAUGUUCAUGGUUCUGACCCAUCCUUGCCUAGGCUCUCCAAGUCCGAAUAGGACGGCGAAUCUAGGGGAGAAUGCAACAGAAGAGCCAUCGGUGUUCUGCCAUACCUUCGACCUUGCAAAACGCCUUACCCUUCCAGUAGGGACAGCAAUCAGUUAUGUUCCAGUACCUCGAACCACCUCCAAGUCCUCGUCACCAUUCCUCCCGAUACUCCACCACGUGCAGCAGCAGCUUGCUUCAACACCCUCACAUACCAUUCAUCGCCUUGUAAUCCCGUCUCUCCUCUCGCCAGCACUCUAUCCGCCCUCUGCUACACAUCCUAGCUCAAUCCUGCAGUUUUUACACGCUCUGCGUGCGCUACUACGGCAGUAUCCCGCACGCUUGACUGCAAUCCUCACCCUUCCCCUAUCUCUUUAUCCACGCUCCUCAGGCAUGGUCCGCUGGAUGGAGAUACUAUCCGACGGUAUCCUUGAGCUCUCGCCAUUUCCAUAUUCGCACAUGCAGGCACUCGCGCAAUCGGCUGGCACAACGAAGGACGAGGAGAGACCGCAGGGCAUGCUUGCAGUGCACAAGCUCCCUGUGUUCCAUGAAAAAGGUGGCGGUGGUGGAGCAGACGGUUUAGGCGAGGAUAUGGCUUUUACGCUGAGCCGGCGGAAAUUUGUGAUUGCAAAGUUCAGUCUGCCGCCGGUUGAGGGCGAUACGGAAGCGCAGGAAGAGGCUGUGAGGGAGGCGGCGGGUGGUAGUGCUAUGCCAAAGAAGGAGGAUCUCGAAUUCUAGGGCUGCGAAAGCCGUAUGGUAGUCGGCAAGAUACCCAUUGCUUCGUUGCUAUAAUAGCAUAGCCUUGCUUAUGUGCCCUCAAUCCGUAACGAAUGCAUAUCAUCGAUUGUUCGACACAGUUUAAUCCUCGUCACUGUCGUCUUCCCCAAGCAUGUCUUCCAUCUCGAUUUGUUCCCACCCUGCACUACUAGCACCCGAACCGAAACCGCGCGUGUAGUUACGACCAAACGAGGCAUGUCGAGGAUUGAACGUACUGCUAGAGACCCUAGCGCGAAACUGGUCGCCCAUGCAUGAGGAUGCAGCGAGAAACGCAAGGAAGAAGAGAAACGGAAUAAAGAAUAGCAGGCUCAGUAGUACCAGGACGUUCAUUUCGGGGUGACAGUGUACGUG